UCAGCUUUGCUUCCAUGCAUGGAUUUCUACCCAAUUCAGUGUGUGUUAUAGAGAGAGAAAGUGAUGCAUCUUUUAGCUUUAUAGAGAGAGAUAAAGAGAGAGAAAGAGAGUCCUUUCUUCAAGUUUCAACUACACUCAUGUUACUACUACAUAGGUACUAAUGUCCAGCAUUACUGUUAUAUGACUUAGAUCUUCCUCUUUCUUCUUCAAUCUGUUAUUGAAUUGAAAUUUUCCCAGAUCAGAUUUGAGCUUUUGGGUACUAGAAUUUAAGCCCAACUAUGGAUCAAGAAAAUCAAGAAAAUCAAGAAACUCUUCCCCUGAAGCACUUCUGCAAACUCUGCAGAAAAGUAUUCCCCUGCGGCAGAUCCUUGGGUGGUCACAUGAGGUCUCACCUGAUCUCCGACCAACCGGAAACCAGCGAGAAGAGUAGAAACUCCGGUCCGGGGACCGAAGCCUACGCGCUGAGAGAGAACCCGAGGAAGACUCUCAAGUUCUCUGGAGAUGAUGACAAAGAAGCAGAAGAAGAAAAGGAAGAUGCUUUGCGUCAGAACAAGGUCUGUGAUGAAUGUGGGAAAGUUUUUCUGUCUUUUAAGGCUCUGUUUGGGCACAUGAAAUCCCACUCCCAGAAAGCAGUCAAUGCUGUUGGGCGGCCAAACAGGAAGAAGCGAUCGAGAAGAGCAGCAGCCAAAAGGUUCCAGGUUAAUCUGAAUGCUGCUGAUACUACUACCAAUUCCUCUACCUUAACUUCUGCUAAUAGUGACUAUGAACAAGAAGAAGUUGCUAUGAGUUUGAUUAUGCUGUCUAAUGAUGUGGGCAGUAGUUUGGGUACUGAUAAUUUUGAGUUUCUGGAUAUGAUUCGAGCUGAGAAGUCGAAGAAGCCGAAAUCCAGAGGCUUUGAGUGUUGUACGUGCAACAAGACAUUCCAGACAUACCAAGCUCUGGGAGGCCACAGAGCAAGCCAUAAUAAGAAGACUGAGAAUAAAAAUGGCACUUUUUCCCCACCUCCAAAGAAGAUGAAAGUGGAUUCUCACGAAUGCCCGAUUUGUUUUAAGAUUUUCUCAUCGGGUCAAGCAUUGGGAGGUCACAAGAGAUCUCACUUCAUAUCAGCUGAGCUGCAGGGGAAAGGUGAUGUAGAACCAGCUCAAAUGCAGCAGCCAGAGACCAGAGAUUUUUUUGAUCUCAACUUUCCUGCUCCAGUUGAAGAAGAUGAAGAAGAAGAAGAUUUCUUGCUUUCUUUCCCAAUUUAUAGCUCUGUUCGCUUAUCAAAUUUAUGACACGUUCUCUUAAAUGCUUUUUUUUAUGUGGUUUGAUCUGCUUUGAUUUAGGUAUAAGUGUCCUGUGUUCAUGAGUGUCAGUAAUUCAAUUAGUAUGAAGCACUUGAAUAUGUCUCAAAGCAAAUUUGUUCCAACUUGGUUGAGAACAAACAAUAUCAUAAUAAUGUAGAGUUUAUAUGAAGUUUGCAGAGAAAAUGGUAUCAUAACGAGAUCUAUUGUCCAAA